AUGUGCAUUCUUUCUAUAGCUGCUCCAGCAAAGCGUGCCGAGGCAUGGCGACGGAGCCAUCCAUACCGGGUGGUGGCCUCUUUGGUCAGUCAACUACACAGCAGCCCCUAUGCAAAAAACGAAGAAAUCCCCCAGAAGGAAGAAGAAGCUUACAAGGACGAGGCAAAUGAAGAAGAAGAGGAGGAGGCUUUGCCUUGCCUAUGCCGACUUCGUCGUCAGAACCAAGCACGCCAAGAAGGACCCCAACGCUCCAAGUGUGAAGAGAUGCUUGAUAGCCCAGCUGGUGGCAUGUUUCAUCGUCCCGGUACCUAG